AUGUCUGAGAGUUCAAAAGAAUCGGUUAAAAAUAGUACAUUUAAUUUAUCUCAUCAAAAUCAUCUUCCUCAUUCAAAUAAUCACCAAACAGAUGCUGAUAAUCCACCAUUUAGUCGUUUAUUUUUACUUGUACCACGAGCAAUGAGCGAAUCAGAACUAAAUGAUGCAUUUAAAAAAUUUGGUGUCAUUGAAGAUGUGUGGUUGAUCAGAGAUAGAAGAAAUAGUGAAGGAAAAGGUAUAGCCUAUAUCAAAUAUGAAUUAGCAUCAGAAGCAGCUCGUGCACAAGAAGAAAUGAAUGGAAAAAUAGUUGGUUCACAUUCUCGACCAUUGAAAGUAAUAAUAUCAAGUUCUCGACGUGAAGGAAGUGUUCGAGAUCCUGAUGAACAUGAAAAAAUGUUAAGAUUAUUUGUAUUAGUACCAAAAAAUUACACUAACGAUGAUUUACAAAAAGCAUUUGAAAAAUUUGGUACAAUUAAUAAUGUUAAAGUUGUCACAGAUAAAUUGACGGGUGAUAAUAAAGGAUUUGGUUAUAUAACAUUUUCAAAAGCAUCCGACGCAGCUCGAGCACUUGAAGAAUGUGAUACAACUUUCAAACCAAAAUUUGCUGAACCAUUAACAUCAAAACGUCAUCGUGAUCGCGAAGAACCAAAUUCUCCAUCCUCAUCCAUAUUCACAACAACUCCUUCUUCUCCUUCAAACUCUACAUCACCUCGACAUAUUCAACAUUCAUCCUCACCCGUAGUCUCAGUCGAACGAUAUAAUUAUCAACCAAAUAGUUUAUUACAAAAACAACCACGCUUAAAUGAACCAACAACACGUUCUCCAAAUUUUGUUUCUUGUUUACCGAUACCAAUGCCUCGUCCUCCAUCUACGUAUCCGAAUUUAUUAGAAUCAAAUACAGAACGAAGACUGAUUGUUAGAUGCAGUGCCAAUAUUAAUCUUUAUCAUAUUUCAAAAUUAUUCGAUUUGAUUCCGGGCUUAGAAGAAUGUUCACCAAUUAAAUUACAAACACUUAGAGAUCAUUUUUAUAUAAUUCGUUAUAAAACAUGUCAGUUUGCAACAUAUGCUCGAGAAAAAUUACAUGCAUUUCAAUUUCCAGAUGGAGAAGUAUUAUCCGUACAAUAUUACGAUGACACAAUUGUUGCUGAUUUAGUUAAUUCUCAAUAUGGGAAUUAUGAUACAUGUGGAAUCGGACAAUUAAUUCAUCAGAUGAGUAACCUUCAAGGUAGUCAAGAAGAAUAUUUAGACCAUUGUAAUAUUCCGUUACCACCGAAACAAAAAUAUGCUCCAUUUGAUUGUCCAGUUGCAAAAACGCUUCAGAUAUUUUCACAACGUCCUAUACCAGACGAUUAUCUUCGUGAUGUAUUUAAUCGUUUCGGUAAUUUAAUAGAUAUCAGUAUGCGCGGUCCAAGAAUGGCGUAUGCUACAUAUUCUACUGUUAAAAGUGCAAAUAAAGCAUGUGAACAGUUGAACGGUCAAGAAAUUCUACAUACACGAAUAAAAAUAGUCGAAGUUGAUAAUUUAGUUGAUAUAACAACAAAUCGAAAACGACAAAAGGUUUAA